UGCACGCAUCCUUUGCCAAGCUGCUCCUUCAGCUGCUCCGGAAUCAGGCACUUCAAGUGCAUGCUUUAAGCAAGGCUGUGCUUGGGGCUAAAGCUCCCUGUCUGAAUCCUGCCUCCAUCAGCUUCUGGGGAAAUCUCAGGAGCUUUGUGGUCUGCCUUGCUGCCGAAGUGGAACACAGAUGCCUUGUGUGCACCUCAGAUUCUAAAACAAGGCAGAAGGUGACAGAAGACAUGAGGUUAUGGCUGAGAGGUCUGGUCUACCAGGCUCGGAGGAGUUCCUGGGGAGUCUUCAGGAUUCACACACAGCCACCACCUCCCCCUAUCCCUGAGGUUGUAGCUACCUGGGAAGCCAUCAGCCUAGGGAAGCGGCCAGUGCCGGAGUACUUCAACUUUGCCCACGAUGUGCUAGAUGUGUGGAGUCAGCUGGAAAAGACAGGGCACCGCCCCCCAAAUCCUGCAUUCUGGUGGGUGAAUGGCUCAGGAACAGAAGUCAAGUGGACAUUUGAGGAACUGGGAAAGCAGUCCAGGAAGGCAGCCAACAUCUUAGAGGGAGCAUGUGGCCUGAAACCUGGAGACAGAUUAAUGCUGGUGCUUCCGAGACUCCCAGAAUGGUGGCUGACCAUCGUGGCUUGUAUGCGAACAGGUGUGGUCAUGAUCCCAGGCAUUUCCCAGCUGACACAGAAGGAUCUCAAGUACCGGCUACAGGCUGCCAGGGUCAAAUCCAUCAUCACCAGUGAUGCCCUAGCUCCUCACGUGGAUGCCAUCAGUGCUGACUGCCCCUCCCUUCAAAGCAGGCUUCUGGUGUCUGAUACCAGUCGUCCAGGCUGGAUCAAUUUCCGGGAACUCCUGAGAGUGGCAUCUCCAGAACACAACUGCCUGAGAACCAGAAGUGGAGAUUCAAUGGCCAUCUACUUCACCAGUGGAACCACGGGGACCCCCAAGAUGGUGGAACAUUCCCAGUGCAGCUAUGGACUGGGUUUUGUGGCCAGUGGAAGGAGGUUGAUGGCCUUGACUGAAUCCGACAUAUUCUGGAACACAACUGACACUGGUUGGGUGAAAGCAGCCUGGACUCUCUUCUCUGCCUGGGCCAAUGGCGCUUGCGUUUUUGUGCAUGAGCUGCCCCAAGUUGAUGCCCAAACUAUUCUAAAUACUCUCUGCAGGUUCCCAAUAACCACCAUUUGCUGUGUCCCAACCCUCUUCCGGCUGCUUGUACAAGAGGAUCUGACAAGGUACAAGUUCCAGUGCCUCAGACACUGUUUGGCCGGUGGAGAAGCCCUCAACUCUGACGUGAGGGACAAGUGGAAGAACCAGACAGGCCUGGAGAUCCAUGAAGGCUACGGACAAUCAGAAACAGUCCUCAUCUGUGGCAAUUUUAGAGGCUCAACGAUCAAGUCUGGAUCUAUGGGGAAAGCAAGCCCACCUUACGAUGUGCAGAUUGUAGACGAGGAGGGUAAUGUCCUGCCUCCAGGAAAAGAGGGAAAUAUUGCCAUCCGCAUCAAACCUACUAGACCCUUCUGUCUCUUCAACUGCUAUCUGGACAAUCCUGAGAAGACAGCAGCAUCAGAGCAAGGAGACUUUUACAUCACUGGGGACCGAGCACAUAUGGACGAGGACGGCUACUUUUGGUUCGUGGGGAGAAAUGAUGAUGUAAUCAACUCUUCAAGCUACCGGAUUGGGCCUGUGGAAGUAGAGAGUGCACUGGCUGAGCAUCCGGCUGUCCUGGAGUCUGCUGUGGUCAGCAGCCCAGACCCCAUCCGGGGAGAGGUGGUAAAGGCGUUUAUAGUCCUUUCUCCAGCCUAUGUGUCUCAUGACCCAGAAGCCCUGACCAGGGAACUCCAGGAGCAUGUGAAGACAGUGACUGCUCCAUACAAGUACCCCAGGAAGGUGGCUUUUAUUUCGGAACUGCCAAAGACGGUUUCUGGAAAGAUCCUAAGGAGUAAAUUGAGAAACCAAGAGUGGGGGAGAUGAGGCGCAACCCAAGAAAGAUGCUGUGACUCUCUGAAGGGACAACUCUAAAAUCAAAGUGCUGGAAGGUUGGCUCCAUCCUGAGGUUCCUCUUCGCAUUGCAAGUGUUGUGUUUGUCCUGUGCCUUAUGCUCUUCUCUCAUACCUGCAAAGGAUGCAUGUAUACUUGCUUCUCAACUCCUCCUGUUUAAGGACACCUGUCACUUCCUGCUACAUGAGGGCAUUUGGAAGCCCAUGACCUACAUUAAUUUUAUUACUUCUUUACAGAUUUUGACUUUAAGUAAGGGGUUGGGGUGCAAGUUCCAGGGACUUCCUCAGCCACAGAGUAAAAACAUGGCCAGUCUGGGUGACUUAAUGAGACCUUGUCUCAAACUAAGUAAAAGAAGGGGUCGGACAUGCAGCCAGUGGUAGAGCAUUUCCCUAACACAUGUAAGGCCCUGGGUUCAACCCCACAAACAUGAAAGUAAGGGAGUAAGAAAGCAACCAAGACCCCAUUUCCAAAUCCACUAGUCACAUUCUAAAGCUCUAGGAAGCAGUGUUUCAACAAAUCCACAAUACUGCUUACAAAAGUUUAGUCUAGUGGAUAGGCUGGUAUUAUUUAUUAUGGAGCAGUAGCAAUAAGGUUAUGACUGUGGUAAAUGCCACAGUGACUGACAAGCCUAGGGAACUUAGGUAUAUAGUGGUUUGCAUAAGAAGUCUCCAUUGGAGCUUAGGAGAUAUUCUAAUAGUUAAAGUGUUUUCUGUACAAGAAAGAGGACCAGAGUUUAGAUCCCCAGAAAUACAUGCAAAUACUCCCUGAGUAUGGUAGCACAGCCUCAAGGCAGAGAUUGGAGACUCCAGAGAAAGCCGACUAGAAAGACCAGACAUAUCAGCAAGCUCUGGGGUUUGAUUGUAGAGUGAUCCUGCUUCCAUGAAUAAAGUGGAAGAACAACGGGAGAUGGUUCCUGACAUGAAA